ACCCGAGAAAGUUUCAGCUAAACUUCGGGCGGCUGCUGAGGCGGCGGCCGGGGAGCGGCAGACCCAGGGCGGGGGCAGUCCAGGCAUCUGCGCCGGGGCUUCGGAGCGCGGCGCCAGGGCCUGAGCCUCUGAAGCAGGAGGAGGGGACGAGAUAGUGGGGCUCCUCUGUCGGGACCCCCUCCCCAUGUGGAUCUGCCCAGGCGGCGGCGGCGGCGGAGGAGGCGACCGAGAAGAUGCCCGCCCUGCCCCGCUCCGCUGUGGGCGCUGCUGGCUUUCUGGCUGUGGCGCGCGGCCCCCGCGCGUGUGUCGAGAUGGCUAUGAACCCUGUGUAAAUGAAGGAAUAUGUGUUACCUACCACAAUGGUACAGGAUACUGCAAAUGUCCAGAGGGCUUCUUGGGAGAAUACUGUCAACAUCGAGACCCCUGUGAGAAGAACCGCUGCCAGAAUGGUGGGACUUGUGUGGCCCAGGCCAUGCUGGGGAAAGCGACAUGCCGAUGCGCCUCCGGGUUCACAGGAGAGGACUGCCAGUACUCGACAUCUCACCCCUGCUUUGUGUCUCGCCCCUGUCUGAAUGGUGGCACAUGCCAUAUGCUCAGCCGGGGUACCUAUGAGUGCACCUGCCAAGUUGGGUUUACAGGUAAACUAUGCCAAUGGACUGAUGCCUGCCUGUCUCAUCCCUGUGCAAAUGGAAGCACCUGUACCACUGUGGCCAACCAGUUCUCCUGCAAAUGCCUCACAGGCUUCACAGGGCAGAAGUGUGAGACUGAUGUCAAUGAGUGUGACAUUCCAGGACACUGCCAGCAUGGUGGCACCUGCCUCAACCUGCCUGGUUCCUACCAGUGCCAGUGCCCUCAGGGCUUCACAGGCCAGUACUGUGAUAGCCCGUAUGUGCCCUGUGCACCCUCCCCUUGUGCCAAUGGAGGCACCUGUCGGCAGACUGGUGACUUCACUUUUGAGUGCAACUGCCUUCCAGAAAUAAGAGGAACAGAGCUCUGGGAAAGAGACAGGCAAGUCUGGAAUGGAAAAGAACAGGAUGAGAAUUAGACGUUGGAAAAUAUGUAUGGGUGGUUAAUAAAGUGCUUUAAAUUGAAUUGACAUUAACAGUGGGUGAUCAGUUUUCCUAUGUGCUUUCACAUUUGAUGGAGUGAUUCAUUGUUUUCUUGUUCACCUAAAUGCACCCAACUGCCCUUUCAUGAUUUUCCCUGGGCUACUGGCCUUCACAACCCGCUCCCAUGUACCCUCUCUGACUUUGGGGUAACCCUGCCCUAACUUAAAGCUAGAGAAUUCUGAAACUGAGGAGGGGGUCCUGUGAUAAUCAAUGAGCACUUUUUAAUGAGCUGAUAGUUGGUGUAUGAGAGACUACACAUGGCACAAUACUUUGUUACACUCUUCACUGGUACAAGUGUCUUAGAGUGCACACACAACCCAAAGAUAGAAACAAAAAGAACAGUGUCAGGGAGCUUGGGGCCUCUGGUGUUCCAUGGAGAGGGAAUAAGGAGCAAGCCUGGCCAAUUCAUUCAACUCCUUAUAAAAAUGAUGAGGAGGCUAAAAACCAAAAAUUUUGAUUGGGAACAGAAUAUAAGCAGCUGGAGCAGAUGAAUUACCAAGCAACAAAGAUCCUGUUUUUAUACAAAUAUCCUUAGUACAAAAACAAAAGAAGGAAAACUGUAGGGGGGAAUAAUGUGCUAAGUAAGCAGAAUUGCCUCAAAAAGAAGUUGUUCUAGCUACUCUUUCAGAGUGGGAAUCUUAGAUUCUGGUAUUGUGGAUAUGGUUCACAUAUAAUGGGAUUGUGUGUUUUAUUUUGGGGGGAUUAAAGGUCAUAGGUUGGGUCUCAGUGUAAAAUCAACUGGUAAUUUAUUCAUUUAAUUUGGUAAAAAUGUAUUGACUGCCUGCUAUGUUCUAGGCACCAUGCUAUGUAUUUGGAAUACAGCUAUACAAAGCAUUGCCACAUAACUGAAAUGAAAACUUUAUAUUAUUUAACUAAGUCACAAGAACAAGCUACUUAAUUGUAUUACUUUUAGUUUCUCUUUUAAUAAAGAUGAUGUCAUUCUUGAUACUAAAUAAAUGUUUAUUAACAUAAUAUUACUAUCCACUUUAUCUUGUAGAAGAAAUAACUAAAAGGCAUCUGUCUUCACGCCUGUAUUUGUUUGCAUUUUAAGGGUUAAAGACAGAAAUAGAAAUGUAAACAACUUUAUUUUGAAAAUAUUGCAAGUGUUCUAUGAGUCUGAUAUUCUAGUAAUCUAAUUGACUAGUAACCGAUGUUAGUAUGAUUUAUUGUUGAAGGCUAAAUGUGUUUUUCAGUUUCAAGAAAAUUACUUUUAAUAGUUGCCUAGAACAAGAGGUUGAUUUGGCAGCAAGAUGUUGACGGGAAGUUAGAGAAGUCAAUAAAGGAAGUUUUUAGCUGAGAGAGAGUGAUUAUUUACUCCCAUAGCCUCUGCAUUGUUACCCAUUAGCCACGAUAAGAACCUUAGGGAAUUCUGAGAGUGUGUCCAGGAAAGGAUCUGUCAAACUAGAAUAGUAUCUCCUCCUUGAGAAAGGAAAUAACCAAGGAUUCCACGGCUGAGAGGCUGCCAGGGCUAGUGAAAUAGAGUAAGGAAAUCUUGGCUGUCUCUUAUUCUACUUGUAGUUUAAAGCAAGAAGACAUUUAUUUACUCACUAAUGGGGGGAGGUGUGUGUGUGGGAGGGGAGAUUAGCAUGAGGGGUGGGGAUGGGGAGAUUUGGUGAAGAGAAAACUAACAUUUUUUUUUGGUGGCUCAGGAACUAUGCCAGGUACUUCCAUGCUUAUUAGCUCAAUUACACAAAAAUCUUGGGAACAGGUAUCAUUUUUCAAGUUUUCCCACAUGAAGUAGCUGAAGUUUGAAGCUGUUAAGUGAUUUACCCAAAGUUGUACAGCCAAUAUGUGGUUCGGCUGGGUCCUGAAACCCAGGCAGUUUAUUUUCAAAGCCUUUGCUUUGUGCAUCUUACUGUGCCACAUGCACGUCCGCUUCCUGAAAAUACUUUGUAGGUGUGUAAAACUUUUUGUUCAAUGCUUUGAGCUGUUUGGGUUAAAAAUAUAUGUUCAUGUUAUGAGAAAAACAAGAUACUUCUAAUUGUAAUCAAAUAGUACUUGUUAUAUAUCAAUAUAUAUAUAUAUAUAUAUAUAUAUAUAUAUAUGUAUAUAGCAUUGAUUGUGCAGAUGUUUAAAAGUAGUUACAUAGACGAGUUCUUACUUUUCAGGGUCCCAUAAUCUAAAACAGAUGACUUCAGCUUUGAAUAAAUAUGUAGAAAGAAAAUUAAAGACAAUUCAAAACAAUAGAUGAUGUAGUGACACUGUGAAUAAAUGUUAUUUAUAUAAUUUGUAAGAUUUUAUGCUCCUUGUUCCUAUGUCCCAGGUGGAGUUCAGAAAAUAUCACUUUAUUUCCAUAAAAGGAAAUGGUGCCUAGAGAUGCUUUUCUUUUAAAAAGUCAUUUUCAUAAUGCAGUGCCCUUCCUUCCAUUGCCCUUCCUUCCAUUGCUCCCCAUGCUUGUAAAGAGACUAAAAUGUUACUUAGAGUAAUAGUUACUAUCUCAAUGUAAAUAGCACCUUAUUUGAAAAGAAUUAUUAUUUCAGUGAUAAAAAAGGGGAAACAAAGUCAGCAGGAGGCAAAGUAGCUUGUUAAAGUUUUCUGCAACUCCUAAAUGGUUGCUUCUACUGCAUUUCACGUCUUUGCAUUUCUAAUUGAGGCUUACCAUAACCACCCUAUUUAAAAUUGUAACCGUCCCCCAUCCCCUUAAUUACUAACCCUGGUCUACUUUUUGUUUUCUUUUUCUGUAACUCUUAUCUUUUUACUAUAUAAUUUAUACCAUGUAAUUUACUUCAUUAUGUCUAUUGUUUAUUGUCUGUCUUUUCCAAAUUCUACUGCCUCUUACCCUUUCCAGAAUGAAAACUAGGAUCUUUGUUUUUGUUUACUGAUGUAUCCCAAACACCUACAAACAGUGCCCAGUAUAUGCUAGGCCUGCAAAUAUGUAUUGGCUGACUGACUGUAUGUUAGUAUCUCAUCAUAGUAUUGAGAAUGCAACUUUGGUCUUCUCAGUUUUUUCUUUGUAUUGUGCAUCCUAAACUUAGUUUAGCCUCUCCUUUUGUCCUUGUAUACUCUAAUAUGGGAUGAGAAUUUUGGAGUCGUUUUCAACUCUUGAGUCAGUGAAUGCCACAUAACUUAGUGACUAUGUUUAAAUGGUUAAGUUACAAUUCUUUUCUUGCAAAGGAUACUGUAGUCACUGUGAAUAUAUUUUAAUAUUAUUGUAUGACUCAGGAGGGAAUUAAAACUACAAAAAUGACUCAUCUUGUAUGACAGAAAUGUUUCUUCACGGAGGGAGGAGAAAAAUAACUUCAAGAGAGAACUAAUAGAAUCAAAUCAAUGAACCACAUCUUAUCUUCUUUUUGAAUAAGUAACUGUUAGAAAUCCAGACAUUUCAUGAACUUUCUUUAUGUAAAGUCUUUAGCAGAAGCUACAGGAGGGGCACCCAGCCACAGUAAUUUUAAUUUAAGAACAAAAUGGAAUAUGAAAAUAAAUUAUUAAAUCAUUCACUCCCAGUAUUUUUGGGUUAGGGCCAAUAAUGGGAAGAGAAAGAGGUAGACUAGUUUUGUGUUUGUGGCUAUUUUAAUAAAGUAGCACAAGUAAUCAGAAAACAGUAGGCUGUUUUGAAUUUACUGGCUGUGACUUAUGAGUUCACAGUUUGAUAGGACUGUCCUCAAUGUACUUUCUUUUCUUCUUUCUUUCCCACAUCUCUUUAUUCCUCUGAUUUUGUUUAAACCUCAUGAAGAGCUCUCUGAUCUUUCCUUUCCAAACAGUGAAGGCUUAGCCUUUGUAAAACACCUUUGUACUCCACAGGCUAAUGGUACGUGAUAUCCCUAUAUCAUUAAAGUAAAGCUUAAGCACAUUUUCUGGCCUUUGUGUCUACUCUGUUGUUGCUGAGCUUAAGAACUGUUAGAAAUAAUUCCCUCUUGCAUUUUCACACUUGGGGAAUGUGACGUUCUCUUGGGUAUUAUGCUAAUCAUAUUUUGGCAGAUUUCUUUGGAACAGAUGCAGAAAUGAUCAUACCACUCUCCAGGGUGUAUUAUUUUAGCUCCUUUGACUUGGGCCCAAAGUCUGUUUUACCUGAUGUUCCAGAAAGAUGUUCCUGAUGUCCCUCACUGUUCUCUCAUGGUGGAUGUUCUUGCCUAUGCUGCCUCCUCUGCUUUCUAUCACCCUCUUCUCUUUUUUAAAUAUAUAACUCAUUCUUAAUGAUUUGUGAAAGGCACUCUGUUUCACUGAAAUGCCUUCUAUAUUCCCUACCCUCCAUGUGGACUGGAGACCUUCUAAGGUCUUUUGACAUCUGCAUAUCUCUAGCACAGUGCUUAUCACGGUAAUUAUUUAUCUGUUCACCUUUCCAAGUAGAAACUCUCAUUUUAACUCCCUACCUUAGUCCCCAGCAUCCCCAGCGUAGUGCCUGCCAUAAAAUGGAGCCUCAAUGAAUAUUUUGAAAAUGAAUGAAUGGACUGUGGUAAACAGAGGAGAAUUCCUAUAUUCUACAAUUUUUAAAAUGUACUGAAAUUAUUCUCUUUGAAUCCUCCUAUUUAUUUCUUUGACUUAUUUGGUGACAAAGUUAGAAAAAAGUGGAGGAAGAUAUCAAGGGAAGCAGGUGUAAGCAGCGAGCUUGGGGUGGGGGUAAUGGGGAGAUAUGUGGCACAGUCACAGGGGUCUGUGAGCUAAUCUGGACUCAUUCAGAUAAUGGAAGAUGUGUGCCAAGAAAACUGGUUGGAUAGGGAAAGGCCAGGAAUUCCCUCUUGCAUUCUCACACUUCUUUGGGGCAUGAGUCAUUUUCUUUUCUUUUUCUUUUUUUUUCGUGUGUGUGUGUGUGUGUGUGUGUGUGUGUGAGAGAGAGAGAGAGAGAGAGAGAGAGAGAGAGA